CUCCGGGCUAAAAGUAAAAUCAGACCGAGCGCGAGUAUGGAGUCUUUGCUCAGGUCACCAAUGAAACUUGUACUCUUGACAGCAUGGCUCUCCAGUCUGAUGGACCCAUGCAGUCCCUCUGACAUUUGUGUUUCUUGUCACCGACUUGCACAAUGCAAGAAACUAAACGGAUCAAGGGAGGCCUGCUUCUGUGUCCAAGGAUACACCGGAGACGGAACCUCCUUUUGCAACGAUGACAACGAGUGCCAGAACGUGACGAACAUCUGCGGGGACAGGGGGACCUGCACCAACACAAACGGCAGCUACUACUGCACAUGUGUCUCUGGAUACACAUCAACGGGUCCGGACAAGUUCCAGCCCAACGAUGGCACCAAGUGCCGUGACAUUGAUGAGUGUUUGACGGGACAGGUCUGUGGCCCAAACUCCAACUGCCACAACACCAAUGGAUCUUUCUCCUGCACCUGUCAGCGCGACUACGUCCCAACUGAGGACAUUGAGCACGUCCGUCCGGAGAGAGGUGUAAGAUGUAAAGAGCAUCCCCAAAAACACUGCCAUGACAACGUCAGGUGCCUCAUGCAGACGAUUAAUAAAACACUUGAAUAUAUGAGCAACCUCACGGAGCCCCAGAGUUUACUGAGGGAAAUUGCCGAGCAGACGUCCGGUGAACUCACCUCAGUGGAAGUCAUUGCUUAUGUGGAGGCCUUGAGUCGCUCUGCAUCAACGCUGGCUGCAGGAGAGAAGGAUUCCAGUGUCAAACCAUCAGUCAUCAACUCAACUCUCUCAAAAUUGGUCGAAGCAGUGAACAACCUGGUGGAGAAGGAUGAACUCGUGGCCUGGAGCAGAAUCAAGGAAGAUCGUAGGGAACGCACCAUCACCAAGCUGCUGCACACUGUGGAACAAAGUGUCCUGACAUUGGCCAACAGCUACAAAACUCCAACUGAGCUGGAAAUCAAAGCUACCGAAAUGGAAUUGAAACUGUUUACUUUCGAUGCUCGUCACAUAAAAGCCAAAGUGUCUGCUUCCAUGGGAGGAGAUCACAUGGACCUGACUCCGAGACCGAGGCCGGAGGAGGACAGGAACGGAAGCGUGUCGGUGGUGUUCCUGAGAUAUGACAGCGUCGGCGACAUCCUGAAGCCGAGCAGCGACCCGGGUGUCACCGACUACUCGCGCUACGCGGGAUCAGGGGAAAUCACUGUCAACUCCCGGGUCGUGGCGGCCGCCAUUAAACCUGCUGACGUUUACCAACUUGACCAUGUCACCUUCACUCUGAGGCACAAUGAGCCCAUAGACACUAAAGCUGAUGUGACGAGCUGCGCCUUCUGGGAGUACGAGCCCGACAGCCUGCAGGGCCGCUGGGCGACUCGCGGCUGCAAGACCGUCCACGUGGACAGCAACGCCACCAGCUGCUCCUGCAACCACCUCACACACUUCGCCAUCCUCAUGUCGUCGGGACGAGCCAACCUGGUGGCCCAUUACACCAUCCUGACCCGGAUCACCCAGCUGGGGAUGAUCAUCUCGCUCAUCUGUCUGUCCAUGUGCAUCUUCACCUUCUGGUUCUUCAGCGAGAUCCAGAGCACCCGAACCACCAUCCACAAGAACCUGUGCUGCAGCCUCUUCAUGGCCGAGUUCAUCUUCCUCAUCGGGAUCAACAUGAACACGCACAAGCUCUUCUGCUCCGUCAUCGCGGGGUUACUGCACUACUUCUUCCUCGCGGCCUUUGCCUGGAUGUGCAUCGAGGGCAUCCAUCUCUACUUGAUAGUUGUUGGCGUCAUCUACAACAAAGGCUUCCUGCACCGUAACUUUUACGUCUUUGGCUACGGGAGCCCGGCAGUGGUGGUGGCCAUCUCUGCCACCUUGGGCUCCAAGUAUUAUGGCACCGAUAAAGUGUGUUGGCUGAGCACAGAAAACCAUUUCAUCUGGAGUUUCAUUGGACCUGCGUGUUUGAUCAUACUGGUUAAUCUCUUGGCGUUUGUCGUAAUCAUCUUCAAAGUGUGGCGGCACACCGCUGUGAAAAAGCCUGAAAUCAGCCACUAUCAGAACAUCAGGUCCUGUGCCCGUGGUGCCUUGGCCCUGCUGUUCGUGCUGGGAGCCACCUGGACCUUCGGAGUGCUGCACAUCCUCUACGAGACCACCCUCACUGCCUAUCUGUUCACCUUCACCAAUGCCUUCCAGGGCAUGUUCAUCUUCAUCUUCCUCUGCGUGCUGUCCAGAAAGAUUCAGGAGGAGUACUACAGGCUUUUCAAAAACGUGCCAUGUUGCUAUGAAUGCCUGAGAUGAAUGAAUUUCCACCAAAGCCUGAACAUCUGCACUUUUACAAUAAGAGUCGAUAUUAAAGCUUUGCAGUGUCAUGUGACUCAUACUUUCGUUUUCUGUAAAAAGGCAGAGGGAGGAGUAGUUUAGUUCGGAUGUCAAAUGAAUGAGAACACGUAGCACUUGUGAAUUUCAAAGCAUUUAGUUUCCCAGAAAUCCUGCAACAUGUUAUAUUCAGGAGAGUUUUGUACAAUAAAAACAUGCAACUGUAUCUAAUACUCCACAAAAUACGUUCCUCUGCAUCCUUACUACUUUUUGUUAUAUUUUUUUGUUAAUUUAAAACCUUUCAGCUAUCAGAACACGUAACAAUAACCUGCAGUAUCUGUUGUCUUUGUUUCUUUCUUGUGUUUGAAAUUGAUUUGUAAAUUAUUAAAAUGAA